AUGUGUCUGCAGGAAGUAACACGAGCUCACAAAGGUUGGGCUCUUGACUCUGUAGUAUUGCAAAAUCAAAUAACACGCUAUAAUAAAGAGGACAUAACGGAGUAUCCAACUGAAGGUGUCUAUGUGCAUGGAUUGUUUCUAGAAGGUGCUUCUUUGGAUCGUCGCAGUGGAAAAUUAAUUGAAUCGAAAAUGAAAGUUUUAUACGAACAAAUGCCGGUGAUAUAUAUUUAUGCUAUAAAUACUACCGCCGGUAAAGAUCCCAAAUUAUACGAAUGUCCCAUUUAUCGUAAACCACAACGUACCGAUUUGAAAUAUGUGGGCUCAAUAGAUUUUGAAACCGAUUUCAAUCCCAAACACUGGACACUGCGUGGUGUUGCUUUACUGUGUGAUAUUAAGUGAAUCCUAGAGUUUUGUAUCUUAUCCAUCAAAUGUGUGGGAUUAUUUGAAAAACGUGUAUUUAAAAUUCUGUUUUAACUAAUUGGAACUAGAGUAUAUGUAUGUAUGUGUGUAUCUUUGACUAUUUAUGUGUGUCCUUUUCAU